ACCUUUCAUUGCUUGCGCACGAAGUUGCUGCAAAAUCAGUCGUGCAAGUAGUAGUAGAAGGAGAUUGACGGAGACAGAGAGAGAAAAUGGAGGCAACGAAGACCAUAGCGCACGAGAUCGGAGGAAUCCAAAACGACGCGCUCAGAUUUGGACUCCAUGGUGUCAAGAGCGACAUCGUCGGAUCUCAUCCUCUUGAAUCCGCUUACCAAUCUGCAAGGAGCACACAGGAAGAGAUGAAGAGGAAGGUCUUGAUGAACACAUACGGAAGUGCGUUUCCCCUGAAGUUGGAUCUUGACAAGCAAAUUCUUUCUCGGUUUCAGAGGCCUCCUGGAGUAAUUCCAUCUUCAAUGUUGGGUUUGGAGGCUGUUACUGGUGACUUGGAUGAUUUUGGUUUUGAGGAUUAUCUGAAUGACCCUCGUGACUCGGAGACUCUCCGGCCUCUGGACAUGCAUCAUGGAAUGGAAGUUCGUCUUGGUCUGUCUAAGGGACCAGUCUGCCCAAGUUUCAUAUGAAGGAAGCAUUUAAUUUUCGGGAUAAAAGUAAUUAAUGAAGUGGCAUUUGGUGCGGUGGUUCUUCAUGGAAUUUAUAUUAUACAUUAAGGAUAUAACUAUGUUUCUUGUUAGAGAGUGAACAUAUUUUCUACCAUUAUAAGAUUUUUGUGGUGCGAUUG